AAGGUCAUGCGCCAUAGAAUACUCGAGAUUCAAUUUACAUGAGCAUGCUGGGUGUUUCUAUGCAGUCAUCUAAAAACGGGUCGAAUUUGUCGAGAAACCACACCAAUAUGUUUACAACGGGGACCGUGCGAUCUUUCCUUAGCGAGACAUCUAACUCGCCUGGUGACAAAAGGGUCUUAUUCUGCAAACAGUAACGUGAAAACAUGCUGCGGUCGCUUUGGUAAAGUUGUCUCAUCAAUGACAGGAGCCGGGAGGCUAGCGAAACUCAACCAAUGGACCAGGAUUACAGGUUUCUUUGCCGGGGAAAGAAAGAUUUUGGGCUGCGGGGCUUCAGCCAGUUACAACCAUAUAAGAUUGUUUGGCAACGAAGCAGCAGCGUUGGCUUCUCGGGGGAAGACCGCUCGGAGAGCAGCGGGUCGGGGGGGAAACCGUACAACUCGCCCUAGAUGACAGCUCUCACUCCCAUGCUGAUGCCUGAAAUGUUCCCCAACGUGCCACUGAUCGCCGUCACUAGGAACCUGGUUUUCCCAACGUUCAUCAAGAUUAUCGAGGUGAAUAACAAACAGCUUAUGGAUCUUCUGAGGAGGAAAGGCCAACUGGCCCAACCAUACGCUGGAGUGUUCCUGAAGAAAAAUGACGUUAAUGACUGAUGUGGUGGAGAGUCGUCUAGAUGCCAUCUACAACACAGGAACCUUUGUACAGAUCCAUGAGAUGCAGGACCUUGGUGACAAGCUGAGGAUGAUAGUCAUGGGCCAUCAAAGAAUCUGCAUCAUCAAGCAGAUGGAGGUGGAGCCGGAUGAGCCUGCCACUGCUGCCUCUGAGCCUGCGUCUGACACUGAACCAGGGAGCCAGCCCUAGGCCCCACACCGGAAGGCCAAGAGAUAAGAGCGUAAAGAGCCAGCCACCCUGGCUAAAACCAUGGAUGAGAAGGAGCAGACCUGAUCGUAGAGUCACUCUCUCUGCCCUCCAAGGAUAUCCUUAUGGCUUAUCUCUCCUGGCUCUGUUCCAAUAUAUUCUCACAAGUACACCACCUAGAUACAGUGGUUGCUCCACUAAAAGUUUUGCGAUUAUGCUGCGGUACUUAGAGGUAAUCUGUGGUUUAGUACAGUACCCUGCCUCACUACAUUGCUCCAGACCAGCGCAAGGGGGAGUUGGAGCACUGAUUAUGCUUUUGGGUCCUACUGUGUCUCUAACUGAUGAUGAAUGGGUGACAUAAACCUAAAUAGAAACUGAUAAAUGUGCACGACUUUAGUAUUACCUACUAAAACUGUUGUUACACUAAGGUUUUUAUUAUUUUAUUUUGUUAGGAUUAUUUUGCUCUUACUGUAGUACUGUAGCCCACUCCCGACCAGUCACGCUGUACAGAGCAUGAGUGGCACAACGGUCUAAGAUACUACAUAGCAAUGGAAGCUGUGUUGCUACAAAUGCUGGUUCAAUACCCAUGCCGGCCUCGACUGAGAGACCAAUAAGGAGAUUGUAGGUUUUUGGUUUCUCUCCCUCUAAAAACAGAAAUAAAUCAUUCUAAAUAACAAACUGGCAUUAUUUACAAAUUAGUAACAAUGUCUCAUCCCAUGUUCAAGAAUGGCCUUUUUCUCGCUCAUUUUACAUUAUUUGAAAAAAAAAUCUCAAAAAUAUUGUAUUACAAACUUUUGAUGAUUCCAGGUCGCACAGCAAAAUAUUUAGGAGUACGACCAGAAUAGUCAACCUGGGUGACCUAAACAUUGACAGGUUUUCAUCAAGCUGUCCAUUCAAGAAAAAGCUUUAAACUGUUACCAGUGCCUGCAGUCUGGUUCAGUCAAUCAGUCAACCUACCAGGGUAUAUACAAACAGCACAGCGAAGAAUUUAAUCACAUCUUUACUAAAGUUUUAAAGCAGUAUCCACACCCAUCAGAUGUAGUGAUCGUAAUACACUACAUGGGCAAAAAUGUGGACACCUGCUCGUUGAACAUCACAUUCCAAUAUUAUGGGCAUUAACUUCUGAGAACUACCCCUCCCGGAUCCGGGAGAAUUGUCAUCAACUACACUAAUUAGCAUAACGCAACAGACAAAUCUUACUAGAAAAUAUUCAUA